GCGGCGUUGUGGGCUCCUCUCUGUCUCUCAUCCCGAGGAGUCAGUACGUGUCAGUCUCUUUCAGUCCGGAGACGCUGAGCGGUGGGUUAAGAAGCGGAGCCAUGGCACCGAAGGGAGGGAACAAGCAGCAGUCCGAGGAGGACCUGCUCCUUCAGGACUUCAGCCGAAACCUGUCGGCUAAAUCCACCGCGCUCUUCUACGGAAACGCUCUCAUCGUCUCUGCCAUUCCCAUCUGGCUGUUUUGGAGGAUCUGGCAUAUGGACCUGGUGCAGUCUGCGGUUCUGUACGCCGUCAUGACGCUGGUCAGCACAUACCUGGUGGCAUUUGCUUACAAGAACGUCAAAUUUGUCCUCAAGCACAAGGUUGCUCAGAAACGUGAAGACGCCGUUUCCAAGGAAGUGACCCGCAAACUGUCCGAGGCGGACAACCGCAAGAUGUCCCGCAAAGAGAAGGAUGAGAGGAUCCUGUGGAAGAAGAACGAAGUGGCGGAUUAUGAGGCAACGACGUUCUCCAUCUUCUACAAUAACACGCUGUUUCUUGUGCUCGUCAUCGUUGCCUCUUUCUUCCUGCUGAAGAACUUCAACCCCACAGUGAAUUACAUUCUGUCCAUCAGCGCCUCCUCUGGUCUCAUCGCCCUGCUGUCCACAGGAUCAAAGUGAGAGCCGGCUAAAUGAGAAGCAAGAGAAAUGAGGGAUGAACAAGCGCAAGACUGGAGGAGCAGAUGAUUGGAGAGAUGAGUUGUGUGUUGGGGGUGGGUGUGUGGUUAUUUGAUGAUUGUGGGUGGCACAGGGUGGAGGAGACUUUGUCAUUUCAUCUGUGGACUUUCAUGAAAUUCAUGAUCAGUGGACUCCGAGGGGUCGUUUCGGACCGCCGCCCUUCUCUUUUUAUACCAAUAAAAGAAAUUUAGCCCAAUC